AUGGCCGGCAUGAUUGUCUGCGAUGACCAACGGCGGAUUACGUACCUUGACUUUGGCUGGACUGGAUGUGCAAACGACAAGCGUGUGUGGAACAAUUGCAACCUCGCUAUGAACUCGACCAAGUACUUCAACCCCAAUGAGUACUUGAUGUCGGAUAGUGGCUACACUAAUCAGCAGCACAUUAUGGCAGCGUACACUCGCACCCGUAGCUCUGGGCUCACCGAGCAGCAUAUGCUGUUCAACAAGCUGGUUGCGAAGUGUCGUUACGUCAACGAGCAUUGCAUUGGUCUACUCAAAGGCCGUUUCCAGUCGUUGCGCUGCAUGCGACUCUUUGGCUUUCAGGUCAAUUUCACGCUUGCGCAGCAAAAAAUGCCGAACAUCAUUUUCCCUACGGAGCUCCAAUUCCGUCGCGCGGCUCGUCAGCACCUCCCGGGACAAAUCAGCCUCAACUUCAGCCUGGGCCUUAACUAUAAGCCCCUGCAUCAAGCUCUCGCCGACGCUGAAACUUCUCUUGCUACCGGAUUCAGUCUUCAGCUUCCCUGA